CAGGCACCGCCCUCGGGAGCCGCCCGCCCUUCCGGGCCGGCGGGCGCCAUGGGUGGCGGGCGGCUGUGGGUGAGGGUGGCACACACGGCCCUCAGCGGCGGGUUGGCGCUGGGGCUGUUCCUGCACCGCACAGAUCUGCAAAUGCAAGAGGAGCGCGGGGAGCUGCUGCAGCCGCUGAUCUUCGUCUCGCUGGUUUUGUGCUCGAUCCUGCUGUACUUCAGGGUGUCUCUCAUGGACCCAGGUUUUGUUAAGGCUGAAGAGGAAGAGAAGGCAGACAAGAGUGAAGAACAAAGUGUGGUCAUACCCCUGGUUCCAAGUAAUGUCAAGCUGCGGCGUUGUGGUUACUGCAUGGUGAAGCAGCCGAUGCGAGCCAGGCACUGCCAGCUGUGCCAGCACUGCGUGCGGCGCUACGACCAUCACUGUCCCUGGAUUGAGAACUGCAUAGGAGAAAAGAAUCACCCCUUCUUUAUAGUCUACCUGAGUGUGCAGCUUGUCGUGCUGCUGUGGGGAGGUCAGGUUGCUUGGUCAGGCCUCUACUUUGAACUGUCCUGGGAGUGGCUGAAUCACAACAUUUUCCUCCUCACAUCCUUUCUCCUGAUAGUUAUAUUCACCAUUGUUGUUGUGCUGCUGCUCAUUUCACACCUCUAUCUGAUCUCAUGCAACACCACCACCUGGGAAUUCAUGUCACAUCAUCGCAUCUCCUACCUGCGACACUCCGAGUUGGAGAAUCCCUUUGACCAAGGGGUCAUCCUCAAUCUCUGGAGAUUCUUCUGUUCGUGCCACCUGACUGCAUGGGAGAAAAUCUAUUUUCACAGGAACAAUAAGCCUGUCUAGUCACAGCA